UGUACUUUUAAUGUUUCCAGUAGAAAUCAUACAGUGUGUGGUAUAAUAAGGUUAAAGUCCAGUUCAUGUGACCAAGUCAACACUCUGGGUUGCCAUGACGUCCUGUGAUGAUGUCAUACGGAAUGUUGUGAUGUAAGAAGGCCAAGAGAACUCCAGAACAGUUAGUCAUAAAAUCUCUCAGUGAAUACAAAAGAACCUCCAGUACAACACAUCAUCCACACGAGAAAGUACAGUACUACAACCCCAGCACCAAUUCAAUAUUUGUGUACAAACGACAUGGAGAGGAGCAACACUUCAAGAGACAAGAAAAGAUUUUCAAAGAAGCCUGAGGAUGCUGCUCAACAAGAGGCACAUCCUCCCAGUAAAACGCUGCAGGCCCUGCGACGAGCCCUUCUCAACGCCCAGAGGCAAAAUAAAGAACUGGCUGCCGAAAAUGCAGCUCUGAAAGAGCAGGUAGCCAGCAAAGACAUCAGCUGGGAGGCAGAGAAAAAGAUGCUCCUGGAGAAGACUGUAGAGUCUGAAAGAGCUGCAAGGACAAAGUUGGACGCAGAGCGCAGGAAUAUGGACAGACGGAUGAGAGAGAAGGAGAAGGAAGUCCACUCCUUGAGGGAACACCUGCGUUUCCAACAAACCCAGACAGAGAUGGCCAAGAAACAGUGGAUGGCAGAGGUCGCCAGUAUCAAGGAGAUGGAGCUCUCCUUUGACCAAAGCAUCAUCCAGUUCACUGCAGCAUGGGAGAGCCGGCUGACUGCCAGGGAGGAGAAGGCAGUCGCCGAGCUCAAAGCGCUGCAGGAGAGCUGCGACAAGAGGGUGAAAGACAUUACCCUGCAACAAGAACAGCACAUCAGCAGUGCCAGGGCUGACAACCUGGUACUGAUAUACAGAAAUCUAGAGCACCUGGACAAGAUCAAAACCCUUGAGGCCAAGAUCAAGCAGAAGGAGAUCGAGUGGCAGGAAGACGUCAGGACCCUAGAGGAGAAUCUCAGGCGAGAGCAGGAAGUAAAGGAGGAUGAGCUGCAGCAGCAGAACAAAGCAGAGGACAGGUGGCUGGCCAAGCAAGAGGACUGGAUCAAGAAGGUCAGCUGUAUAGAGGAGGAGAUCCAGCGCCUCAUCCUGCAGAACAUUGAGCUUCAGGAGCUCGCCUUAAAGUCCGAUAGAGACAAGGCAAAGAUUCGAAAGGAGGAAGAAAAGAGGCUGAAGAAGGAGAUGAAGGAGAAGAAAGAACAGGAGAAGAAGGAGAAAAUGGAAAGAGAGGAGAAUGAGAGGAAGGAGAUGAAGGAGAAGGAAGAGCAGGAGAAGAAGGAGAGGAAGAAGCUGAAGGAGAAGAAAGAGCAGGAAAAUAAGGAGAAGAAGGAAAGAGAGAAGAAGGAGAAGAAGGAGAUGAAGGAAAAGAAAAAGCAGGAGAAGGAAAGAGAGAAGGAGAAAAAACAGUAGGAGAAGAGAGAGGUAACAUCCCUUUCCCUUUAACCCCCCAACACCAACCCUUUCCCUCUCCCUCUCCCUCACCCAACUCCCAACCCUCCUUUACCCCGUUACCCCUCCUUAUCCCCUCUCCCAUCCUUCCUCUCUCGCUCAACCCCCCACCCCCUAUGCCGGUCGAGGCAGAUUGCUGCCCACCCUGAGUCCGGUUCUGCUCGAGGUUUCUGCCUCUUAAAAUGAAGUUUCGCCUGGUGCUUGCUCUGGGUGGGAAUUGUUGCCCCCCCCUCCUUAUCCCCUUUACCUCUCUAUCCUCUUAACCCCCUUCACCCCUCCUUAUCCCCUCUCCCAUCCCUAACCUCCC